AUGCAGCAAACGGCGCAACGUGUGUUUUCUAGAUCCAAAGUGCACCGGUGCGUUUCUGGAGCACGUCAUGAGGGCCGAGAGGCUGGACAAAAGCGUGUCGCGUCCGGCAAGGCGUCCGGGACGGUGUCCGGGACGGUGUCCGGCACGGCGUCCGGGACGGUGUCCGGGACGGUGUCCGGGACGGUGUCCGGCACGGUGUCCGGCACGGCGUCCGGGACGGCGUCCGGGACGGUGUCCGGGACGGUGUCCGGCACGGCGUCCGGGACGGUGUCCGGCACGGUGUCCGGCACGGCGUCCGGGACGGUGUCCGGCACGGUGUCCGGGACGGUGUCCGGCACGGCGUCGGACGGUGUCCGGCACGGUGUCCGGCACGGUGUCCGGCACGGUGUCCGGGACGGUGUCCGGACGGUGUCCGGGACGGUGUCCGGGACGGUGUCCGGCACGGCGUCCGGGACGGUGUCCGGCACGGUGUCCGGGACGGUGUCCGGCACGGCGUCCGGGACGGUGUCCGGGACGGUGUCCGGCAAGGCGUCCGGGACGGUGUCCGGGACGGUGUCCGGCACGGCGUCCGGGACGGUGUCCGGGACGGUGUCCGGCACGGUGUCCGGGACGGUGUCCGGGACAGGGCGGUAA